AAGCAAGCAUUCACAAUAUGUACCGCGGGUUUUUCGGGUGGACGAUCGGUGGCGGAUACGUUUUCUGAACUUUGAUCUCUACCAUCCGAUACCCGUGAGCGCGUGACGGUGCUGCGUCGCGGCGCUCGUUUUAAACGCAGAGUUGAUGCUUAGCCACGAUAAAACUUCAAAUUUCUUGGAGGAAGCAGGAAAGAGAAAAAAUUAAUAAAUGGAGGCCAGGAAAUUGAGAGGUCACAAGGCUACCGUACUCUGCUGCAUCUCUUCUCACAUCAACCCCAAUAUCAUCAUCUCUUCUGACGAGGAUGGUGGCAUAUGCUGGUUUGACAUACGCUGUCAAGAUGUGGUGGCAAUUCUUGAUGUGGGAAAAGCACCAGUUGCAUCUAUAUGUUUCAGACCAGGAAAGGAAGACAUUCUAUAUGCCUCAUCAGGAAGUGAAAUCAAAAGUUUUGACGUGCAUAUGGCAUCUUCACAGAAGCCAUUGGAAACUUUUAACUACAACAAAGAGGAUAUAAACCAGAUUGCUGUUAGCUUUAAUUCAUCCUUCCUUGCAGCGGCUGAUGAUAGUGGUGAUGUGAAGAUCAUUGACAUUCAUCAGCAAUGCCUUUAUAAGACACUAAGGACUGGGCAUACAAGUAUUUGCAGCAGUGUGCAGUUUCUUUCAUGGAGGCCAUGGGAAGCUCUCACUGGUGGAUUAGAUGCAAAGUUUGUGAUCUGGAACUUCUCAAGAGGAAGGCCAUGCAAAAAUCUAGAUUUUGCGGGUAUGCCAGACUUUCAAAGCAAACAUUCAAGUAGUAGUAAUACUGGUCAAUUUUGCAAUCCUGCUUUUGUUCAUGCAAUAGCAGUUCCUGAGGAAACCACAUCUGAGAAAUUAGGCAAGGUUUGUGCAGUAGCAAGAGGUGAUGGUGUGAUUGAUGUAAUUGACAUUGAAUCUGAGCUUUCUGGUUCAAAGGAAAAAACCCAUAAGUCCAGAUCAAAAAGCAACUUGAUACCAAGACAAACUACUGAAACAUCAAAUAAGAGCCAAGGAAAAGGAUUGCAACUGGAUUAUGCUUCUGGAGGUCAUACAGCUGGAGUAUCAUGUGUGGCAUUCUCAAGGUUUGGGGAGAUAGGAAAGUUCAUUGUUUCAGGUGGCAAUGAUGCAUCAGUCAAGAUUUGGGAUUGGUAUAAGUCUCAUAACAAUUUAGAAAGUAGCUGCAGCGUUGAUCCUUUGCAACUAACCAUUAAUUCUGGAAAAAAAGUUAAUUGGUUAUGUACCACUCCAAAUGAUUCAGAAAAUGUGGUGGUGUGUGACACAUCCAAAAUUGUAAAGGUUUAUACAGUGUCAUAGGCAAGUGAGGGUCCACUGUGGCAAAUUCACAGAAUGAAAGUUAAUUAUCAUUCAUGCCUCAGGAAGUGGAUGAAGAAAAACACGAUCCUCAAUUUCACCACCCUUUAUGUUCAUGGGUAAUUCACUGCUGUUUAUUCCAAAGGUCAAGAUGAUCAGACCUACGCUUGACAUGAUCUCUGCUUGGUGUAAAGUUGCUUCAAUACUCGAGAAUUUCACUUAUACAUUAAUUACUUGCUCGUACAGUCAAGAAGGACACAAAAUACGUGUUUUUUUUCUUUCUUUUCAUAUCUUUUUUGUUGGGGGUUGGGGGGGGGAGAGAGAGAGGGAGAGCUAAUUUUGUAUUUUGUGCUAAAUGCCUGAUUUAGUGUUUGUUGCACGGGAUACUUCAAAAAUGGGUGCUUUAUGCGUGUUUGAUGCUUCCAUAUCACAUGUAAAAUAACAAACAGAUGUCGCUGUGUCCUACUGAAUUCUUGCGUCAUAUGUUUUAUACUAAUUGAAGUGCCUUCUUAUUUCUUUGAUACUUUA